AUGUAUUCUCUGAAUCAAGAUGUUGCUGAUCCAGACAAUGGAACUAAUCAUGGCUCUGAUUCCUCCCUGUAUCAAUUGUCAACUGGUAAAGGAGUCAAUGAAUCAUCAUGCAACGAUCCUCUUAUUGUAGUUGACAAGAUCAUGAGUGACUCUGAUUGUUCUCGUGUUGCUACUUCUCUUGGUUUUGAACUCCAAAGUGAACCUCAAAAAAACAAUGAGUUUAGAUCGUUUAUUGGAGAAUAUUCCGAAAUAGUUUCAAAGGAGUUUAAGACUUGGUUCCAUGGGACGUAUUGGAUGAUGGAACUGCAUUCGAGCUUGAAAAAU